GUAGUAGCUGUGUUCUCUGUGAGCAAUAAUUUUUUCUUUCUCUUUGUCUUCGAUUUUGCGAAGCAGUUGACGCGCGUUUGUGAAAAUAAUAAUAAAUAAAUCGGAAACAUCAAUCUACAUCUAUAAAAUGGUUGACCAAAUUGAAAUGGCUUUAGAUGACAUCAUAAAAGCCAAUAAAAAAGCACCCAGGGGCGGCGGCGCUGGACGUAAAUUUAAUACUGCAAGAAAACCUGGUGGCGGCCGUGGCGGAGCUGGUGGUGGAUUUAGAAAUGGCCGCACGGGGGGCGUUUUGCGCGGUAGAAACCGUGGCGGUAUAUCUAAAUCAACAAAUUACUCAAGGGGCGAUGUUAACAGCGCAUGGAAACAUGACAUGUUCAAUGACUUUGGUGAAAGGAAGAUUCAAAGAAACACAAUGCCAUCUAUAACAACUGGCCCAACAAAGUUGUUAGUAUCCAACUUAGACUUUGGAGUAUCCGAUUCAGACAUACAGGAGCUGUUCUCCGAAUUUGGAAUUCUCAAAAGUGCUGCUGUACAUUAUGAUAGAUCUGGACGUUCUUUAGGUACCGCUGAUGUUGUUUUUGAGAGAAAAGCAGAUGCAUUAAAAGCUAUGAAACAAUACAAUGGAGUACCAUUAGAUGGACGAGCAAUGAACAUUCAAUUAGCUACUUCUGAGAUAACUAACUUUAGAAAUGAAGAAAGAAGUCGAAUUGGUGGUGGUGGUGGCAACGUUGGAGGAAAUGGACCAGCCAGGCGAAAUAUGAACAGAGGUGGACCAAACCGAAAUCAAGGUGAACGUGGAUCCCGUGGUAAUGCUCGUCGUCCAGGCCGUGGAGCAGCUGGAGCAGGCCGUGGGAAACGCCCAGUACCCACUGCAGAACAAUUAGAUGCGGAACUUGAUGCCUAUGUAAAAGAAAUUAAGUGAAUAAUAGCUUUGUGUAGUGUUAAAGACUAUUUCAUAAGUUUAUAAGUUUAGACUAAACAUAAAGAACUCUUCAAAUAUUGACACCAGAUUGAACCAUUAUUUAUGGUUAAUAGAAAAUAUCAACUAAUUGAUAACAAUUAAAUAUAAAUUGUGUUUUGACUCAAUGUUAAAUGAUUUAAUAAACAUAAGAAUUUGGUACAUAUUAAUACAUUGUUGAUUGUUAAUUUAGUCCACCUUAGAUGAAUGUAAUUACUCUCUUUUCUAAUACCUUAAGGAACUAAAUAUCUUGUUAUUAUUUUCUUUCAAGUAAGCCUUUGGUAUAAUGUUAAUACAUAAUUCAUUUGAAUACCUACUGC